GUCGGGGAGUUUUCGCUCGCUCGUCCUCAUGUUUCGUCGUGUUGCGGUUAGACUGGUGACGGAAACGGGUCGUGUGAAGAAUGCUGCUCUGAUACAGAGGCUAACGGACCCGUCCGCGUCGGCCCGGAGCUUUUCGGAAGUGAAGGAGGCGGAGCAGCCGCCUUUCGACGAGUCUCUUCUCGAGUUGUUGGUGUGUCCGCUGUCCAAGAAGCCGCUGAGAUACGAGGCCGAGACCAACGAGCUGGUCAACGAGGAGCUCGGCAUCGCCUAUCCCAUCAUCGACGGCAUCCCCAACAUGAUCCCGCAGGACGCAAGACUCCUCCAGAAAGACGCGGGCGCCUCAACCUCACCGACGCUGGGCUAGAGCCUCCACCGAGACGAACGAGACACCGCAGCCGGACCCCGCUCGGCUCCCACUGACACCUCCACCGGGCCCCGCUCGGCUCCCACUGACACCUCCACCGGGCCCCGCUCGGCUCCCACUGACACCUCCACCGGGCCCCGCUCGGCUCCCACUGACCC